AUGCCGAGAAAUAAUAACAACACUGGAGAGAGAGGAGAGUCGUCGAAGUUUGCAACAAAGGAAGGUCUGGUAACACUCCAAUACCCGACGUUAUCGAAAACCAACUACUCAGCAUGGGCUAUGAAGAUGAAGGUCUAUUUGCGUGCUCAAGGGGUGUGGGACGCAAUCGAAUCAACCGAGUCUCUUGAUAGUCUUGAUGAAAGGAAGGAUCAAAUGGCCUUAGCAGCUAUCUAUCAAGCAAUCCCUGAGGAGAUGUUGUUUUUGUUAGCAGAGAAAGAGACAGCAAAAGAAGCAUGGCAGACGUUAAAAACUAUUCAUGUCGGUGCUGAACGUGUAAAGGAGGCAAAGAUCCAAACUCUGAAGAUUGAGUUUGAAAUUAUGAAUAUGAAGGAGUCCGAGACUAUUGAUGAUUAUGCAGCAAGGUUGACAGAAGUUGUUAAUAAAAUACGUACUUUUGGAGACAAGUUUGAAGAGGCAUACUUGGUGAAAAAAUUCCUCCGCUCAGUACCUCCUAAGUUUCUUCAUAUCGCAUCGGCAAUAGAGCAAUUUGCCGAUUUAAAGGUGAUGACCAUGGAGGAAGUCAUCGGCCGUCUUAAAGCAUACGAGGAACGGAUCGGUGGCAACAAAGAGAAUGCUGAGCAUGUCUUAUUGACUCAAGGAGAAUGGAAAGAAAAAGAACGUAGCGACAAUGGAGGCCAUAGCCGAGGGCGAGGUCGCAGUGGUCGCUGGAGAGGGAGAGGUCAUGGUCGUGGAAACGACUCGUUUCAUGAGAAGAAGACUGACAAGAGCAAGGUAAGAUGCUACAAUUGUCAAGGCCUAGGCCACUAUGCCUCAGAAUGUCGGAAGGUGAGGUGUUAUAAUUGUCAAAAGAUUGGCCAUUAUGCAUCUGACUGUAGAUCGAAGAAAUGGGAGGAUCAGGCGCACUUGGCUGAGACGCAAAGUGAUGAGGAUGAGUCAGCCUUACUUACAACACAAGUUUGUGAAGUCCGAACUCUCGAUUCACCAGAGUUGACAGAGAUGGCUCUUUAUGAAGAGAAGGUUGUCCCGGAAGAAAUUGAGAAGAAAAGCAUAUAUGGGAGCCAACAAUCAUAUGACUGGUUGUCGAAGUUGGUUAUCGGAAUUGAACGAGUCAGUGACCGGCACGAGAAGAUGAUUGAUGAGGAGAAAAUCGAUGGCUCUGUGAAGAUUGAAUCGGAGAAAAAAACAGAGAAGCGAGAAGAGAAGAAGAGCGAUGGUGAGAAAAUCGUUGGCACUGUGAAGUUUGAAUCCGAGGAGAAGAGUGAUGGCGUUAUGGCGGAGGUCCAGAAUGUGGCAACGGAGGUCGCUGGAGAAACGAAAGCAGAGAAGGAGAAGGAGAAGGAGGCCAUUGUUUCCGACAGUGCAAUUGAAGUAGCACAGGUAAUUAAACCUGUUGAGGAAAAGCUAUUGGCCGGACAAGUAGAACAGGUAAUUAAAACUGUCAAUGAAAAGCAGUUGCCCAUUGGAAGGAAGACAGAGAAGAAGGAAGGCGGAGAUAAUGGCGACAGCUUUCAUCCUGUGAAGCGGAGUAUAUUGUGGCAACGUCAGAUGCUUGUCAAGGAAUAUGGUUAG